UUUCCUGAGCGCUCCCAAUGAACCCUGCUGCGGCUGCGGAUCUUACCUGGAGGUUCCGUUCUAGCUCUUGCCCAGGUGUUCUUGUCUUUAUUUUGUUCCAUCUGCUGUCCCACAGCCCUGCGUAGGCUCACAUCUAGGUCUCUACACUACUGAGCAUUACCUCCCUGAGCCCAUGUUUCCUGUCUGUAAAACGGAUAAUCAUCCACCCGCCAGAAUUACUAAAGGAAUUAGAGUAGUAUUCAACUGCCGGGGCCUGCCCCGCUAAAGAUCGGUUGUGAGCGGCAUCUUCCACGGUCAUCCUCAGUGACCUGUGAGGCCCCUGGGUCGGGGGGGGGACGAGGGGAGGUCCUGCCCCUCGCGUGCGUCACGCGGCCCCGCCCCGCCCCUUGUGACGUUGCGUGGCAGCGAGCGCACCUUCGCACUCCGGCCGCCUGCCUGCCUCGAGACCCUAGCUCGCACCGCACCGGAGCUUGGCCCGUUAGAGGUUCUUUGGUCCGGGAAACGCGGGCCGAUCUUCCGGAACCAUGAGAAAGCUAGCUACUGGCAUCCUCUCACUCCUGAAAGUGCUGCUCCUGCUUCUGCCACCUGCUCCAGCCCAGGACUCAACUUCGACUGCCACUCCAGGCAGCCCUCUCUCCUUUACCGAAUACGAACGCUUCUUCGCUCUGCUGACCCCAACCUGGAAGGCAGAGACCACCUGCCGCCUCCGUGCAACCCAUGGCUGCCGGAACCCCACUCUUGUACAGCUGGACCAAUAUGAAAACCACGGCUUGGUGCCAGACGGUGCUGUCUGCUCUGACCUCCCUUAUGCCUCCUGGUUUGAGUCCUUCUGCCAGUUUACUCAGUAUCGUUGCUCCAACCAUGUCUACUAUGCCAAGAGAGUCCGGUGCUCCCAGCCAGUCUCUAUCCUCUCGCCUAACACUCUCAAGGAGGUAGAGACUGCAUCAGAAGCUUCUUCCACCACCAUGACCUCCCCCAUGGCAUCCCAUGCCACAGCCACAGAACGACAGGUCUUCCAGCCUUGGCCUGAGCGGCUUAACAACAAUGUGGAAGAGCUGCUUCAAUCCUCAUUGUCCCUGGGAGGCCAGGAGCAACCAUCUGAUCCCAAGCAAGGCCAGGAACAACACAAGCAAGAGCAACUUCAAGAACAUAAGCAGGAAGAAGGACAGGAGCAAGAAGAACAAGAGGAGGAGGAAGAAGAGGAAGAGGGAAAGCAGGAAGAGGGGCAGGGGACCGAAGAGGCACUGGAGACUAUGUCUAGUCUGCAGACAGACACAAAGCCCAAGUUUCAGUCUGAAUUUUUGACUUCUAAUCCAUCUUCCUUCACUCCCCGGGUCCGAGAAGUAGAAUCUGCUCCUAUGGUGGACAACAUCCAGGAGCUUAUUCGAUCAGCCCAGGAAAUGGAUGCAAUGAAUGAAAUGUAUGAUGAGGAUUCCUACUGGAGAAGCCAAAACACUGGCAGCCUCCUGCAGCUGCCCCACACGGAGGCCCUGCUGGUGCUGUGCUAUUCCAUUGUGGAGAAUACCUGCAUCAUAACCCCCACAGCCAAGGCCUGGAACUACUUGGAGGAGGAGGUCCUUGGUUUCGGGAAGUCGGUCUGUGACAAUCUUGGGCGCCGACACACAUCUACCUGUCCCCUCUGUGCCUUCUGCUCCCUGAAGCUGGAGCAAUGCCAAUCAGAGAGCAACUUGCAGCGGCGGCAGUGUGACCCUUUCCACAGGACACCCUUUGUCAGCCCCUUGCUCACAGCCCAGAGCAUGUCGGUCGGCACCCAGGUAGGGUCCCGAGACAGGGGCCACUUUUAUGGGCUAGAUCUGUACGGUGGGCUCCGCAUGGACUUCUGGUGUGCCCGGCUUGCCACAAAGGGCUGUGAAGAUGACCGAGUCGCCAACUGGCUCCAGGCUGAGUUCCUUAGCUUCCAGGAUGGGGAUUACCCCACCAAGGUUUGUGACACAGACUAUAUCCAGUACCCAAACUACUGUUCUUUCAAAAGCCAACAGUGUCUGAUGAAAAACAGGAAUCGGAAGGUGUCCCGCAUGAGAUGUAUGCAGAAUGAAACGUACAGUGUGUUGAGCUUGGCCAAAAGUGAAGACAUUGUGCUUCGAUGGAGCCAGGAGUACAGCACCUUGACUAUAGGCCAAUUUGGAUGA